AUGCCGCAUCCCGCGGAUUUGCAGAACAAUUCCGAGUUCGGUGACUCAGAUUCAUCCUCCACCGCUGUUGCUUCAGCAUGUAAUCCCAAUUUGAAUCGUGACCUCUUCAACGAGCUCAUGCAAAUGGUCCCUCUCGUUCAAUCCAUCCUCAUAGAUCGUAAACCGACUCGUUCGUUUCCUCAUCGUAGUUCCAUCAUCUAUACCAAGGCACCGCCAAAGCAAAAAAAGCAAUCUAUACCUGCCACAAAGACAAGGGACCAUGGAGCUAAAGAACAAAACUCUGAUGCUGAAAGCUUUUCUAUGUUUUCUGGAAGAGCUUUUACAUCAGAGAAGGACAUAGAAGAGUUGGCUACCUUGAAGGAACAAAUGGGGGACCUUCAGUUGAAAUUAAAGGAGAAAGAGGAACUGGAAGAAAACUUGAGAGAACAAAUGAAUGCUGUUAAUGCAAAACUGGAUGAAAUGAAACGCCAGGUUUCAGAAAAGGACGGUUCCCUAAAGUAUAGUCAACAACAACUCUCUGAUGCUAAGAUUAAACUUGCAGAUAAGCAAGCUGCCCUUGAAAAGAUACAUUGGGAAACGAUGACAUCCAACAAGAAAGUGGAGAAACUUCAAGAAGAGCUGGACUCCGUGCAAGUAGACAUUUCGACAUUCACGUUGCUGCUCGAAAGCUUAUCAAAUACUGACACUGCUAUGUACACGGAUGAUUAUGACACAAAGCCUUAUGUUUUCAACCACGUACCUGAAAUUGAUGAUUUGGAUGAGAUGGAAUGGCAGAAAAUAGAAGAAGCAAGAAAAGCUUACAUUGCUGCAGUUGCUUUUAGCAAAGAAAAGCAAGACGAAGAAUCUAUUGCUGCCGCUGCUAAUGCUAGGUUACGACUUCAAUCACUACUUUUCAAAUCCAAAAAUUUCAACACGUAA